AUGGGCGCAGGUGAAAAGCUGGAACGCUACGGUCGAUUUACGAUCGUGCGGCCGGAACCCCAGGCCAUGGGUGCCCGCAAGCUCAAGGAAAGUGUCUGGAACCGGGCGGAUGCCGUCUUUUCCGGAGAUACGGAGGAAGAAGGGCCCGGUCGCUGGAAGUUCUCGGGCAAUGUGCCUGAAACCUGGCCGAUGUCUUACGGACCGGCUCGUUACAACGGCCGUUUCAUGUCGUUCCGCCAUGUCGGUGUCUUUCCGGAGCAGGCCGCGCACUGGGACUGGGUGAACGGCAAGGUUCGCAGUGAACUUGAGCGCGUUCCCGACAGACCCCUCAAGAUCCUCAAUCUCUUUGGCUAUACCGGCCUUGCUUCUCUGCUUCCUGCUGCGGAAGGUGCCCAGGUAACACACGUUGAUGCCUCCAAGAAGGCAAUCGGUUAUGCACGUGAAAACCAGGCACUGUCCGGCCUCGACAAUCUGCCGAUCCGCUGGAUCUGCGAGGACGCAUCCAAGUUCGUUGCGCGGGAAGUUCGGCGCGGCAACACCUAUGACGGCAUCAUUCUCGAUCCGCCGAAAUACGGACGCGGCCCCAAGGGCGAGGUCUGGGAUCUUUACACCAGUCUUCCAGGAAUGCUGCGGGAUCUCAGGCAGUUGCUGACCGAGGACUCCCUGUUCAUGAUCCUUACAGCUUACGCGAUCCGUUCCAGCUUCGUGGCCAUACACGAACUCAUGGCGGAAACACUGUCGCAACAAGGCGGCCUGCUGGAGUCGGGGGAACUCGUGGAGCAGCCGAUGAUCGAAAAGCACCAGGGCGCGGUGAAACAGAUCACCAGCCAUUCGAACCCCAUAGUCAAGGAAAUCAAGGGCCUCGUAGCGCAACGCAAGCACCGUAAUCAGUCGGGCCUGUUCGUUGCCGAGGGUCUGAAGCUGGCAACCGAUGCGCUGGAGGCCGGCUGGAAUGUGCGGUAUUUGGCGAUCGGCCCGGAAGCCAGGAACAAUCCAGCUGCCCAGAAGGCCGCUGCGAACGCCAAGGCACGCGGUGCGUUGAUCCUUGAAGUCUCGACAGCUGUGAUGUCGGCAAUGACCCGCAAGGACAAUCCCCAGACGGUCGUCGGGGUCUAUGAACAAAAGAUCCUUUCUGCACAAGAUAUCGACCCAACGAGCGGCGUCCUCUGGGUUGCCCUCGACAGAGUGCGCGAUCCGGGAAAUCUCGGAACGAUCAUCCGGACAGUCGACGCGGUCGGAGGAAGCGGUGUCGUCCUUGUCAGCGAUUGUACGGACCCGUUCGCGGUCGAGGCCGUUCGGGCGACCAUGGGCUCCCUGUUUCAUGUGCCGCUCGCCAAGAUGACAAAGGAAGAAUUCAAGACAUUUGCAGCAAAGUGGCCCGGAACGGUUGCCGCCACCCACUUGAAAGGCGCCGUCGACUACAGGACGCCCGAUUACUCCGAACCGGUCCUUCUGGUCAUGGGUAACGAACAGAAGGGGCUUGAAGACGACAUGGCCGCCGCCUGUUCCACCCUGAUCCGAAUUCCGCAAACGGGUCAGGCCGACAGUCUCAAUCUGGCAGUUGCCACCGGUGUUGCACUCUACGAAAUCCGCCGAAACCACCUGGAGCUCUGA